CAUUGUUUCUCAUAAUUUUGCACACACAAACUUGUUCACUAAACAAGAACCCUUAUUUGUAUUUCCUCUGCAUUUAAUCUUUUUUCAAGAAAUUAAUCAUGGGUGUGAUCACAUAUGACCAUGAAAUCACCUCUUCAAUCCCACCAACCAAGAUGUUCAAGGCUUUCAUUCUUGAUUCCGAUAACCUCAUCCCCAAGGUUUUGCCACAGGCCAUCAAGAACGUUGAAAUCCUCGAAGGCGAUGGUGGAGUUGGAACCGUCAAGUUGAUCACUUUCGGCGAAGGCAGCCAAUACAAGAGCGUGAAGCACCGAGUGGACGGGAUCGACGAAGCCAACUGCACAUACAGCUACAGCAUCAUUGAAGGAGAUGUUCUUGAAGCUGGCGAUCUUGAGAAGAUCUCUUACGAUGUCAAAAUCGAACACGCAGCCGAUGGAGGAUCCAUUUGCAAAACCAAAAGCAUGUACCACACCAAAGGAAUUAAGGAAAUCACAGAAGAGAAGAUCAAGGAAGGAAAAGAGAAGGCACGCGCCAUGUUCAAGGCUAUUGAGGCUUACCUCCAUGCAAAUCCCCACGCUUACAAUUGAGUCUUUUCGUGGUAUGUUUGGUAUGCUUGAUUGGAUAGUACCGGCUAAUACUGCAUACCAAGAGAUAUUGUGGAUGUCCAUACCCGAUUCUGAAGUCUGAUCAGUUUGUUGCUUCUAUUGGUGUGUGUGUGAGUCUGUGUGUGUUUGAAUUUAAUAAUUUUUUAAGAUUGUACAAGAAAAAAUAAGCUAUAAUAUAA